AGCCGCGGGCGGGCGGGCGGCCGGCCGGGGCACGGGAGCUGCUGGUGGUGCUGCUGGUGGUGCUGCGGCGGCUGCACCCGCGUCGCCGAGGCCGAGACGGAGGCCAGGGUGCGCGCUUGGCGAACUUGCCUAAUCCGCGCGGCUCGGCUCCACCGGCCUUUGCGGCCGCUUGAGCGUCUUGACUGGUCUCUGCGUUGCCCCGACGAGGAUGCGGCUGUUCCGGUGGCUGCUGAAGCAGCCGGUGCCCAAGCAGAUUGAGCGCUAUUCCCGCUUCUCGCCAUCGCCGCUCUCCAUCAAGCAGUUCCUGGACUUCGGGAGAGAUAAUGCGUGUGAGAAAACUUCAUAUAUGUUCCUACGAAAGGAGCUUCCUGUGCGCCUGGCUAACACAAUGAGAGAAGUUAAUCUUCUGCCGGAUAACUUGCUUAACCGCCCUUCGGUGGGAUUGGUUCAGAGUUGGUAUAUGCAGAGUUUCCUUGAACUUCUAGAAUAUGAAAAUAAGAGCCCUGAGGAUCCACACGUCUUGGAUAACUUUCUACAAGUUCUAAUUAAAGUCAGAAAUAGACACAAUGAUGUGGUUCCUACAAUGGCCCAAGGAGUGAUCGAGUACAAGGAGAAGUUUGGGUUUGAUCCGUUCAUUAGCAGUAACAUCCAGUAUUUUCUGGACCGGUUUUAUACCAACCGCAUCUCUUUCCGCAUGCUUAUUAACCAGCACACACUACUGUUUGGCGGUGACACCAAUCCUGCGCAUCCCAAACACAUAGGAAGUAUUGAUCCCACUUGCAACGUGGCUGAUGUUGUGAAAGAUGCAUAUGAAACUGCCAAGAUGCUUUGUGAACAGUAUUAUCUGGUAGCUCCAGAGCUGGAAGUUGAAGAAUUCAAUGCCAAAGCUCCAGACAAACCUAUUCAGGUAGUUUAUGUGCCCUCACAUCUGUUUCACAUGCUAUUUGAGUUGUUCAAGAACUCAAUGAGAGCGACAGUGGAACUAUAUGAAGAUAGAAAAGAGGGCUACCCAGCUGUUAAAACCCUUGUUACUCUGGGUAAAGAAGACUUAUCCAUUAAGAUAAGUGACCUAGGUGGUGGGGUCCCACUACGAAAAAUAGAUCGUCUUUUUAACUACAUGUAUUCAACUGCUCCGAGACCUAGCCUGGAGCCUACGAGAGCCGCGCCGCUGGCUGGAUUUGGUUACGGCUUGCCAAUUUCUCGUCUGUAUGCUAGAUAUUUUCAGGGAGAUCUAAAACUCUAUUCUAUGGAAGGCGUGGGUACUGAUGCUGUCAUUUAUUUGAAGGCUCUUUCAAGUGAAUCAUUUGAGAGACUUCCAGUUUUUAAUAAGUCCGCAUGGCGCCAUUACAAGACCACACCUGAAGCUGACGAUUGGAGCAAUCCCAGCAGUGAACCCAGGGAUGCUUCCAAAUACAAGGCGAAACAGGACAAGUUCAAGACUAACAGAACUUUGUAAAGAACUGAAUGCUUCGGUCCUCUCCAUGAAGAAAAGAUGGUCUUCUGCAAGUCACCCAGAAAGAACUCCUUUCCUCCACCUACUCUGCGUGUGGCACUAUAGUUAAUCCAGUGUUUGAAUGUGUAUUUGCUCUCUGUAUGAGGUGGACCUUUUCCACAGAAGUUUCCUGUAGCUACUUCAGAUCUUCCACUAAAGUAGUAACUUGAGUCAUUUUUCGUAGUACGUUGCCGUGGUUUGGUUGGCGCCUGUCAUAAGGGGACACAGAACCUCGUUAGCACUCACGUCCUCAUACCUCUGUCCUCGUUAUCAUAGAGUGUCUACAGUCUCCCCAGAUUUCUCAGCUCCCUCCCCACUGCAGAUACAGCCGAUCUCUACUGUUGCUCUUUGUGACCAAAUACCGUGUUUGUCCCAAACCACCAGCUAAGGCCUGGGGAGUCCGGAAGUUGAGGACGUCAGCUUAGCAUGUCUUGAUAAUUCGGUCCCUGGGCCCUUCCUUUCUCUUAUGCAUCCCUCCUCACUCUCUGAUUUAGACUUUGGCCUUCUUCCAUCUGACCGGAUUCUCAUUGUGAGGUAUGGGUACUUUCGUGUUAGAUCUUCCUCUUGGACGCAUAGGUUUUAUUUUGAAAUUCAUUUGUAUACUUCCAUUCUGUCAAUUAAAGCAUUCCAAAAGUUGUCUUGGAAUUUUUCACUUAACUGCUUGGUUUCAAAGAUCUUAAGUGAAAGUCUACCUUCUGGUCGUUAUCAAGUUCGUAAAGAGUGGGAAGUGGAAUUUUUAUGCUUAUGUAACAGUUUUACCUCUGAAUACUGUCCUUUUGUCAUGUUAUAUUCCUUUGUAGUUUUCUAAGUCCCUAUGUGAUGCACUUUACUAGUUGUAAAAUAGACCGAAGGGAAAAGUUCUUUCUAGUUUAUUUUGAAAAAUGCCCCAGGUCUUCAUAAUUUAUAUUUUCAUGAAGUUUAGCCGGUUUUAGAAUUGUCUAUCUGAUUUUCAGCAUAGUUUAUUUUUUGCUGGAAGAUGGACUUGGCAGAGGACUUGAGGUGAGGAAAGAGGAGCCAUGUUGUAUUUACUCUUAGAAACGGAAGCUGAGAGUCCAGAUUAAAAUUCACAAGUUAUAAAGCUCCACAGGAUGUGUUUCUCUUCACUGUAAUUUUUCGUAUAUUUAUGAUCUACCUUGACUUCUGCUCUCUUUUAACAUCCAUAAAAAUGUUCCCAUCCAGUGUUUAAGUAUUGAAUUCACUGAGUUCAGAGCUGUCACUUGUAAAGUAUUCCUCCUCCUUUAGUCACAGUUUUUCCCUGGGUGGAGUUGUGCGCUGACCAGCUGCGCUUGGCUUGAUGUCCCCUCUGUUUCUCUUAGUUCCACCAACUCUGAUAUUCUUUCAUUUUAUCAUGUUACCUGAGCUCAUGAUUAGUUCCUUCAUCUUUAGAAAGACCUCAUCUCUCCCAUCCUUCGAAGGCUCUCAUCAGGGGACUCAUAAUUAGGUAAGAAAAAGACCGACGUACUUCCAAGAUACGGGUGAUGAGGUGGUCCGUAUGGAGGUCUGUUUCCUGAAGACUGAGUCAGUGUCUUGGAAAUGGGGCUGUUCCAUAUGAUUGUUUCCUUGUAGUAUAAAGAUGUAAAAAUAAUAGCCCUUUAUUUUUAAAGACUCCAGCUUUCUUCUAAGUUUCAGAUCAUCUAUCAGUAUCUUACUUGGCCUGCAUUUCCAACCAUAGCCCUUUACACUUUCACUUGUGAUGUGCUGUAAGGGAAGGAGGCAGCAGAUUCCGGAGUGUUCCCUCCUGCUUUGUUCUGUGUGCUUGAGGAAUUCCCAUUGAUUGAUAUGCCCUCACCCCAAGCUCCAUGUAAAGGUUGCAGAUGGAAAAGCUGAUGUGAAAAAAGCCUUAUGAUCUUCCUCCCUUUUUAGGUCUUUUUCAAAAGUAAAGAUUUCUUUCAGUGUUUUAAUGACUUAACUGGUAGUCCUCUGCUGAUACACGUUUUGGCUUACUCAUAUCCAUCUGACACCGGGACAAUCUUGCCUCACCUGUCUUUGUUUUCUGCAUUGAGAAAUUAACUUUGCUUCCGAAGCAACCAUCAGAAGAGUUUCAGAAUAUCUUGCAUUCACACAAUUUAGCUGCCCCAAGUAUCAAUUUAUCCUUCCUGAUGGCCGUACAUCAUUCCCUGAACCUAGGUGCAUCCCUCUGGCUGGUUGCUGUGCUUUGUCUCUAUGUAUCUGGUCACAUUUCUACGUGUUGUAAAGUACAUAGACAUUAACCGUCUUUCAGCUAAACUUGUUUAGUCCUCCCAAAUUACCCUGCAUUUCCCUCUCAUUUAUUCAACUUUAUUUUAAGUAUUUGGGGACAGUGUCUACUAUUUGAAGUAGGACCUGGAACAUAGUAGGUGCUUAAUGAGUAUUAGCUGAAUUAGUGAAUGGAGAUUGACAGACAUUUACCUUGGAUGGUGGGUAACUGUCUUUGUUUCCAAAUUAAAAAUAAUUCAGGUCAGGAGCUGUGAGCUGUGGAAGUACUGAAUUUCCUUUUUAUAGUGCUAAGAGGUGACUUGAAAAUGGAGAGAAACAAGAGGAAGGAAGUAGUGAUGGAUCCAUGGGAGCCAUCUGAUCCUUUCUUUGUCUCUGAAUGACUGAUUUUGACUCCUUAAUAUAGUGGGUUCUUGCCAUCCAAUCAGGUGACAUGGUUUUAUACCCUUGCUUGUAGAUUCCAGAGAACUUUCGCAUACAGCAUCCUAUUUGAUCCUUCCAAUGCCACGUGGUGGACCAUGCAGGUAUUAUCUCUCUUUUUCAUAUGAGUUCCAAAGCAGUUCAGUGGUUUGCCACGGUGGCGUGGAAGAACCAAAGUGAGUAGUUGGGUCUUCUUGUUCCUAGGUCCAUGCUCUCAGCGAUGCCCCAGGUAAUUAGCAUUAUCUCUUUUUUGAGGAAUUUCUUGGGUAUAUUAACCCUCAAGUGUAAGGUAUAAACCAAAAUUUUUCUGUAGUGUCAGAGAAUUUCAUUCAGGAGAGGUUUUCUUUUGUGUGUUUUCAUCUUGGCAUAGUUAGUGGAGAUAAUCGAAUGGAUUUGGCGGCUGUCACCUAGAAAGGCAGCCGACUUUAAAGUGUAUAACUGUUGGUAAUUACUGGAGUUAUUUAGACUUAAUUCUAUGUUUGAAUGAACUCAGUGCUCACUGCCAGCCUUCUCAUACAAUGACUCCACAUUCGAGAGUCGAUGCUUUUAUCUCUCGGUGGACUGGAUUACAGUUUCAGUUGGAUUUUCUCGCAUAGUUACAGAUGCCUUUCUGUUGCCGUCUUUUAUGAACAGUAACUUGGCUGUCUCUCAGAUUCUUGGAUCACGUCUUUUUCCCCUCAGUUCUUUGGAGACAUCACUCUGUUGUCUUCUAGUGUGUGGUGGGUCUGAGAGGGCUGAGUCCAGACAGAUUUUUCUUCCCCUUUUGUAGAUGAACUGCUUGUUUGCCCUGAGUACUUGUGAUUUCCUGUUUAUCCUUGAAAUGCAGUAACUUCAUUCGAGUGUGUCUCGGGGCCAAGAGUUAUCUGUUGGCUUUUUCUGGUCCUCAGUGAGCAUCAGACAUUGACAUUCGGGCCUUUCUGCGUUUCUUACCGGUUUAUCGGCUCUCUUGUUCAACGAUCUGCCCCUAUAUUGACUCUCUGUUCUCUGUCCUUCACAUUUAUCUUUCCUUUGAUUGCUUUUGGUCUCCUUGUCUUUCUUCCUGCUGUGUGAUUUUUUCCCUCAGGUCUUAACCUCGCAUUUCACUGAUUCUGUUUUCUGUGGUAUUGAUUCUGGGCCCCAGUGCUUGCCAUGUGGCUUUCACUUCUGCUGCAGUUUUCUUUUCUUUUUUUCCCCUCUGUGUCUUUCCUUAGCUCUGCCAGCUUUUUCUCUCAUUGUGUUUUCCUCUUUGACUCCUUUUUUUCGUUGCUUGGGAAGCUGAACUCUGUUUUCGUGGAUUCUGAAAUGAUUCUGUUUCCAGAGUGCAUUUUUCUGUGUUUUGCUUCUUUCAUUCCUUUUGUGUUAUUUUGCUUUUUUCUUGUUGCAGAAGUAUCGUGAUGGCUUUUUUCUGCUUAUUUGUUGGUCUUUGCAUGGGACCAUUUCUGUCUGCCGAGAAGAGUGUGGAUAAAUCCUCCUUGACUUCUCCUUUUUCAAGUGAGAAGCAUUUGAUCACCUGCGCCCCUGAACUGUAAGGCUGGAUAUUGACGGAAUGUAAUGGCAGAGGCUGUCUUUGUUUUCCGUUCUGCUAUCUGGACGCGGGGGAAGGAGGAGUGAAGCAAAGCCUCCUUGGAGUGCCUUCCGUGGACACUGUUGAAUCCUUCGCCCUGGGGUGGGGGGUGCUGGGUCCCAAUGGGGGAGAGGAUUGCCCUCGAGUUUCCCCAUGUCCAUUAGACGUCGCCCCAGCAGGAGUGUGGUGGGUUCGUCCCUCUGCUCUGCUGGGUUAUACGUAGUCAGUAUUUGUGUGUUUGGCUCCAGAGUUACUGUUUCUCUCCUCUGCACACAAACGGCGCACCUGAGAUGUCAACCUCCCCUCCUAGUUUUUGCUUCGGGAAACGUGCCCACGCAGCGUGCCCUCAGCUUGUCUUGACCGCCACCAGGCUUUAUUUCUGAUUGGUAGAGUCCUUUGGAACGCUCUCAACAACUGCCCAGCAACUGUGGCCUGCUUGACAGCUUCGAGAACCCUCCUCUGAUUAGUCCGCAGCUUGGUUGUCAGACACUCUCCUGGAGUCCUCGGUAUGGGGUGGUGGCUUUUAUUAGUUUCCCCAUAGACAGCUUCUUUUUCAGCUUUUGGAUGUAUGUGUUGAAAGGCAGGAGCACUUAUAUAAACAUGAAUUUACUCUGCCAUCUUCCCAGCAGUCCAGCUGCCUAAACAUUUGACUUUGAAGAUAAUGUCCUUCCUAAUCAUAAGCUAUAUGUUAGUCAACAGAUGGAACCAAUAUCGCUAGUAGGAAAGCACCAUUCAUAACUUAAUACAGGGUUUUUGUUUAUUGUUCUUUGUGGAAAGAUAACUUUUAACUUGGGUUCCUGGUCCAUUGAUUAGAGAGAUCAGUACCUUCUGGUUUGAAAACAGGGGGCAUGUGACAUUUUCAUGAACUUAAAAAGUUACCAGCCAUUGACAGUGAUUUAUUAGUUAAUUAAAUAUGAUGGAAUAUUUCAAACUAGUACAUAAUCAGAAUUAUCAGGAGAAGUUUAAACUAUUUUUUACUGACAGGUUACUAGUUGAGCUGCCCAACGGAGGGUGGUGACCCCGUGAGAGCUUUACUGUGACACAGGUUUUCUUACCUGUCUUUUCAUCAGCCCGUCUUAAAAUGUGGUUCAUUAAGAAACAGAAAGGAGUCAAGUCCUCAUCAGGAUGAUUGCUGAUAUUCAUGAAUAUACCUUGAGAUGGUUUGUAGGUCUGGGACCUCCUGUCACACAAACUGACAUUUCAAAAGUGCAUUUAUAGGGGGAUCACAGAUUGGGGGUUCUAUUUCGCCUAUUUGUAGGAUUGAAGCCUCCUUUCCUCAGUGGGCAGCGUAUUCCACUGGGCACACUUUCCUCACCUUCAGAGCCGAGCACAGUGAUCAAGGAGCAGGGGUGACAGCCUCGCUCAGUGCAUCUAACUCCACCCUGUGCAGUGCCUUCCCCUCAGGUCAGAGUGUUGGCCCUGGUUCCAUCCUGGUGUGAAGUGCACAAUGGAACACGUGUCCAUGUGUGAGGGACGGAAGAAGUGAAGGUGGCAGACAGAGGAGUUGUGGAAAGGAAAGCCGUGUUCAUUCCUCCGUUUAAAUAAUAGCGAGCAUCUGCAGCGCGCUAGAAGUGCCCAGGGCUGGGCACGUGGCAGUGAUGACAGCAGACGGAAGUCCUGGCCCCGCGGGGCUCACGUUCGGGCUGGGGGAUCAGACGAGACACUCAACGAGGAAAGUUUCUAGUACAGUUGGGAGAAAAAUAAAGGCGGGAAGGGGGUUGCAAAGGAUGAGUGGUGGUGGAGGCACCGAACCCUGUAACUGUUGUUUUCAUUGUCACGGAUGGAUGGGUUCCUUGGACGAGGAAGCAUUGGUGAGCCCUGAGUUCUUGUCUCCUUUGUAUCUGUUCAUCUGCAUGUGGAGAGGCCGCCUUCUGGGCCUGGCUCCGCGGGGCGCUGUGACUUUGGGUCCAGGAGCCGGCUGAGCCCUUUGCGGGGCAACGUGGUAAGGUGAGAGGAGCCAGCUUUGAUCGUCACAUUGCACUGAAUGGUGUGGGCUGCUGCUUCCUCGUAACGAAAAUGCAAUCAGAGCAGCUUCCAGAUGUGUCUUUGUAGAACUUCAGAAAUCAUGAUUGAAACCAAAUCUUCCCAAUUCCAGCUUCUGGCUGAUGAUGCUGGAGUGAAAAGAGCUGCUUGUCAGGAGGACGUGAACGCUUGCGAACUGGUUUGAGACGUGGAGGAAAGGCUUAGCCGAGGCGACUUCCCUCUCAAGUCCGUAGGUUGGCAUUAGCUGUGUUCAACCCCCAAAAUGAAGAAAAUAAAAUGACAGCAAUAUCGAGGUCACAGAAUCCUUGAGAAACCAUUGUUUCUGCCUUUUCUUUCAUCUGUUUAUAAAACCUGGACUUGAAUUGCCCAUGAUCCCAGUGAUGGGGUCAGUGGAGCCGGACGCGGGCAGCUACUCAUGUUGGGACACAGGUGGCUCUCGGUGGUGGUACUGCUCCCUCGGAGGCAGCAGCAAAGCCGGGGAGGACACUCGGUUUUCUGACACCUGCUUGGCUGGUCCCAGGGAGGGUAGAGCCGAGUGCUGGAGCAGGAGAGGGGAUGAGUUGAAUUAUUCCCAUAAGUAGAGCCGAUUUGUCAUCCUUUAAAUUGACUUAUUUGCAUAUAAAUGAAAGCACCUUAGGGCAUCACUACUGAAAGCCUCCAAACAAAUGUCUGAUGCAGUUAAGUGCCUGCAUUAAAAGAAAGCCCACCCCUUAUCUCGCAUUCAUAUCCUCGCAGCGUUUAAUAAAUCCGUAAUAGUAUUUGACUUCCCCUCUCUGUAUCCUUUUCCCUCCACCACUGCCAGACUCUGCAGGGGUGGCUCACUUCCCAGUUUGAAGUGGUGACUUCAGUCUUUGAUGGAGUCUGCACAUCUCUUGAAAAGGAUAAGCAGUAGAGUUGAUACCUGGAGUCCCACCGUCCAGUUUGGACUAUUGGCAAUAUUUUUGGUGGGAUUUUUUUUUAACGUUAGAGAAAUGAGUAGUAGAUUUGUGGUAAUAGUGGAUCCAGGAAGCUUGCGGUGGAAAAGAGGAUGAAUUUAACCUGAAAAAUAUUUCUCUGUUCUAUAAAUCUCUCAGUGACAUUUGGAUUAAUCAGGCAUAAUUAAAUGUAGUUAGAUUUUUGUCAGAUUGUAGUUGAAAAUAAUAUUCAUCUAUGAAGAGGGUAAUAUAUUCUGUAGAAAUUUUAUUAAGCACUUUAGUUAAGCAAACACCAAGGAGAACAAAAUCAGCCUCAGGAAGGUUAAUUACUAAAAAAACACAAAGUAUAGUAGAUUAUGUAAAUCAUUUUAAUUUUGAAUUACUAUGGCUUGAGCUUUCAUUUACAUAGAGAGGUAUUUUGGAUUUGUUUUUCAUAUCACAUUUUCCAAAAGUACAAAAUGGUUAUUGCAUUCUUUAAAAGUUCUCAUCAUUUGAGGAUUCCAUUCCAUUGCUUAACUUUUUCAUGUUACAUAGUUUCCAAAACUGAAGAAUUGCAGUUGCAUUCUUUAAAAUGCAACUAUUUUGUCAUCCCACUAAGUUUGUUAUAAUUGUAAGAAGUCUAUUUUUAUUUCUGUACCUUUAAAGAAGUGAUCUUUUAAGAGAAGUAUUGGGAGAGAGAAUGUAUGUGAAAGCAUCCCGCCCGUGCCUGGCCUCUCCCUAAAGAAAAUAAUUUUUUUUUUAAAUAAAGUAGAACAGAAGAGUUUAGACUAUAAUAAUAAAUCUUUUUAUUUUAGUAAUUUCUUUAAAGGGAGAAGUGAAGAGAUCAAAUUGAUUUUAUAAGUUAUAUUUUUUUGUACUCAGAGAAUUACAUUUUCACUACCCUUGCAUGUCUCAGGGAUAGCCUUUGAUAAGAAUCCCCAUGAAAAUCUCUGAAAGUCUAUCCUGGUGUGCUCAGAUUUGAUAGUUCUUGUCUAAAUUUCUAGAGCUAGAGUUUCGAAAGUAUUGUCAUCUCAGGAACACAAGAUUACCCAAGAAACUUGAACUUCGCUCUUAUCAGCACUCAGAUUCUAUGUGUUUCUAGGCUUUUUCGUGAUAAAAGGACACCUAAAAGUCCUAGGUUUAGUAGGUAUACAAAGACCUCUUUAUCACGCUUCUCUGAGAUUUUCAUAGAAAAAUCCUGGAAUUUGAUUUUGUUGAUAAUUUUGCUUCUUGGCUUUUCAGUGAAGAUUCUGUUUCCCAUUGGAUUUGAAUCCUUUUGGGAUAAUAAAAUUUCACUUAAAAGCACAUUCUAUUAAAUAAUUCUAACUUUUGCCAACCUCAGAAUGGCCUGCUGACUUUUGCAAAUGGGCCGAAAUAGCACAAACGUCAAAGAUCAUAUGUACUCUAAGCAAUAUGUUCGCCCUGCAGUUAGCGAAGUGAAGAAAUGUCUAAUCCUGGCACUUAUGACUGGCUUAAUGGCUCUUCAGUUCAUCUCUGCCUUCCAAAUUCGUUGAAAAUGACACAUUUAGAAUGGAAUGCUUACUGAUUACAGAACUACUUAAUGUUUUAAAAUAUUCUUACCUUGAGAUUCUUUUUGGGAGAAAAUGGAAAGAACCUUAACAUUCGGUUCUGUUUUGGCUCUUCAUAUAUGCCAGGCAUUAAAAAGGCAAUGACAGGGCUUCCCUGGUGGCGCAGUGGUUGAGAGUCCGCCUGCCGAUGCAGGGGACGCGGGUUCGUGGCCCGGUCCGGGAAGAUCCCACAUGCCGCGGAGCGGCUGGGCCCGUGAGCCAUGGCCGCUGGGCCUGCGUGUCCGGAGCCUGUGCUCCGCAACGGGAGAGGCCACAACAGUGAGAGGCCCGCGUACCGCAAAAAAAAAAAAAAAAAAGGCAAUGACAAAAGUGAAAUCUCAUUGGGCGUCAAAGGCAUUUGCCGUUUGGCCAUGCUUGAUAUACAAGAGGAGUGAUGAGGGGUUGGCGAAAACAGGCAGGAUGAGUAUAAAAUGUUAUAUUGCUGUUUAUAAUACAUCAUGGCACCCCUUUCUUAUAAAUUCCAUCUUCUUUUGUCACUUGAACUUUUAUAUCCAUGGGAAACCUCAGUCAAUAUUUUAAAAGGCACUAUAUUUACAUUAAGAAUUGGCCUGUGCCUUUAUCUAAAACACUGCUGAGGUUACUAUUCCCCAUGUUUAAUUAGAACAAAUGUUUUAGAAUAAUUACAGCUACAGCCUGUAAGUGUAGGGAUCUGAAAACACUGAAAACCACCUGCCGUUGGAGAGGGACCAGGCAAGAUCGCACGCUUCGCAGCGUGGCUUGCCGAUCGCCAUCAGGACGCGGGUUUUGCCUGGUUGUUAUAACCAGCAUUAAACCUAAAAUAGAAGGGGCCUGCCAAGAUCCUGUAUCUGCUCCCUUUUUCUCUAGCUGCCUGUGUAACUCUUCCAGGGGAAAGCAUCACAUAAAGUCCUUUGAUAUCUUGCUUUUUACUUUUAAAAUUCCUGUUAGAGCUGGCACGUGAAUUUGACCAAUAAGUUGUGCAUAUGCUUAAAAUUCUUUUUUAGCCUAGACCAAACUAAAGGUAUCUUGGCUCUGAGGAGACAGCCAAGGCAAGGUUUACCUAGAAAGUAGAAAGUAUUACGUAUUUAAAAAGUGCAAGUUGGCUAUAUUCAGUGUUGGAGGAACUGAGCUCUGUUGCCUCUUCCAUCGUUUCUCUUACGUUCCUUGUUGUUAUUCUGUCCUCUCGCUGUGCUGCACUGGAACCGAAUGCUCCACUCUGAUUAAAAACCCAGGCUGUGCUCGAGUCCGUCCUGGACGACAUGACGCAUGUUUUAGGAGAGUGAACCCUAUCACUUUAGCAUCCUGGCUAACCCUGAUCUCUGCAGAGUUCCUUGGUGUUAAAGUCAUCUGAGAUUGUAAUUGCCGCUUCAGGUUUAUAUACUCAUCGUGCCAUCUGUUGGUCUAAGUUCACAUCCUCACGAAAGUACAUGAGUGCUUGUAACUUCAAUAUUUCCCAGAUUUAGAACACAAGUUGUGAAUAGUUAAGAAAUGCUUGAACCAAAUAAGAAAAGUCAACGUGGAGUAAAAUAUACCAUUGUGAACAUAUUUAAUGCUGCAUUGAAAUGUGAAGUCACUUGACUGAUUUCUUCCAUCAUAACUCCUUAACUCAUAAAAGCAAUGUCUAAACUGGGAACAAUAGCUGAUUUAACAAGAGAAGUAGAGUAACGUAUAUAUGAAAUGAAAGUUCAUUACAGUGUUUGUACCCCUAAGUCCAAAUCUGACCUGGUUGGCUUUGGGCAGCUGUCAGCUCAGUUACAGUGAAAUGUACGCGUGUGUCCGGUGUUCACGAGCUGCCUUGUGGUUUGUAGAGGGAAGCCCGGCCCCUCGUGUUCUGUGCUGUUCUGUGGCCUGGCUGGUACACACUGUUACAAGUGAAGAAUUACUUUGGUUUGAGGUAAUUUGUCGCGCCACGUUCCGUGGAGAAAAGUGGUUUGUUUUUGUGAUUGUUGGAAAAACAUGACCGGGGAAGUGUGUGGCUCAGAUCACGUUCCCCGCAUCAGUCGCGGAGCCAUCCUUGGUGUGUGUCAGAGCCAGACGCGUCCUGGAGCACAUGGACAAUUGUGUGCUACAGUCAUCGAACAAUAAAGUGGUAGUUGUGUUUCA